AUGAGGGCGUACUGGUAUGAUAAUCUCGAGGGUGACCAGCGUCUGCCCCACGACUCGGGUCGCGACCUGACGACCUCGGAGCUGGAGCGGCUGGGCGUCUUAUACUACCGCCUGCCCGAGGUCGAGGGCGUCGACAAGCUGGCGGCGGAGCGCGGCUACAAGAACCGCGACCAGAUCACGGUGAGCCCCGAGAAGAUGGGUGACGUCUACGAGGAAAAGGUCAAGUCCUUCUUCCAUGAGCACCUGCACGAGGACGAGGAGAUCCGGUACAUUCGCGACGGCAAGGGUUACUUCGACGUGCGAUCGCGCGACGAUGAGUGGGUUCGCAUUCAGCUCGAAAAGGACGACCUCAUUGUCCUGCCAGCUGGUAUUUACCAUCGCUUCACGACAGAUGCCGACAAUUACAUUCAAGCCAUGAGACUGUUCAAGGACGAACCCAAGUGGACGCCUCUCAACAGGAGCAACGAGCUGAACUCCAACCAAUACCGCCAGAGCUAUGUCUCGGAAUUCUUGAGCUGA